AAAAAUUCUGUUAUAUAGCUUUCUGUUGAGACUGGUCAGUUUUCUGUUUUCAGUUAGUUAAGUCUAUUCCCUUUGCAGCACAUUGCUAUAUAUUUCAAUUAAAAGCAUAUAAAUACAUAGUAAUUCAUUCAUUCAACCAUAUUCAAAUGGUAUCAAUAAAAAAUUCAACCAUAUUCAAAAUUUUCCAUAGUUCAAAGCAGCACUCAUCAUAAUCAAUUGAUCACAUUUCCUUUCUUCCAAGAUGCAUCCUUGGCUUCAAAAGUUAGUUACUGCAUGCACAACCAAUAAGGAUGAGGAUCCCUUUAUUUCUUUCAAUGAAGACCCUCUUGGCUGGUCUCUUAAUCUUCAAAGACAUUAUUUUGGACAAUUUUCCAUGGCUACUGUUCAAGGUAAUACAGUUAUGGAAGAUCACAGCCAAGUUGAUGUUGCCUUUCACAAUGCACUCUUUCUUGGAAUUUAUGAUGGCCAUGGCGGCCCUGACGCUUCCCGCUUCGUCUCUGAUAACCUCUUACAAAAUCUUAUGAGGUUUGUUCAGCAGAAUGAAGAUAAGAUAUCUGAAACUACUCUGAGGGAUGCUGUUGCUGCUACAGAGUUGGACUUUUUGAAUUUUGUGAGAGUUGGUUAUUCUGUAAAGACAGAUUUAGGAAAAAUUGGUUCAUGCUGUCUUGUUGGAAUUAUACGGAAAAAGGCACUGCACAUCGCAAACCUUGGAGAUUCGCGCGCUGUACUUGGUUUUAUCCGUAAUAAUACAAUCAGAGUUUUACAAUUGACAAGAGAUCACAAUGCUAAUAUUCAAGCUAUUAGAGAAGAACUUAAAGCAUUGCAUGAAGGUGAUCCCAACAUUGUGAUGGAGAGGAAUGGAUCGUGGCGCGUUAAAGGAAUCAUUGAGGUUAGUAGAAGUAUAGGAGACACAUAUUUGAAGAGGCCGGAUUUUACUUUGCGCGAAUCGUUCCCGAGAUAUGAAGAAGUGCCUGAACCUUUUGAUAGAAGUGUGCUAUCAGCAGAGCCAGAGAUGCAUUCUAGAGCUCUAACAGAUAGUGAUAAGUUCCUUAUAUUUGCAUCUGAUGGACUUUGGGAGUUCUUGAGUAAUGAACAAGCUGUUCAAAUUGUUCACAACAAUCCAAGAAAUGGAAUUGCAAAAAGGCUUUUGAGUACUGCUCUAGCGGAAGCUUGUAGAAGAAGGGGAGUGAGCUAUAAAAGGAAUCUUCAGAAUGCUGCUCCGGGACGGGGCGUGGCGAACAGGAGGUCUUUUCACGAUGAUAUAAGUGUCAUUGUUGUGUUCUUUGACAGAGAGUCGAUUAUUAGGAGACACCCUCCAGAUAGGUCCUUCAGAGGGUCAUCUCAGACGCAACAAGAAUCAGCUUUCAUAAAGUUCAGACCAAAAACUUCGCUAAUGAAGUCGUUGAGCCCUCGGAAAGGUUGGGAGAAACUUAAACAGCAGUUUAGAGAAACAGAUCAGCCAUCAAGUUCUCGGGCUGAAAGCUCUCAUGCUCAGAGUUCUUGGGCUCGGAGCCUGAGGAAUGAUCAGGCUGAAAGCUCUCAAGCUGCGAGCGCAAGGGCUAGGCCUGAUCAGGCUGAAAGCUCUCAGGCUGCGAGCGCCAGGGCUAGGUCUGAUCAGGCUGAAAGCUCUCAGGCUGCGAGCGCUAGGGCUAGGCCUGCUCAGGCUGAAAGCUCUCGGGCUGCGAGCUCUCGGGCUCAGAUCCUGAGAACCGACGAGGCUGAAAGUUCUGAGGCCAGAAACCGUCGGACGCUGAGCUUGAGGACUCCAAGCCAUUGGGAUAAUCUUUUACAGCGGUUUAGAUCACAUCGAAGUUAAAUAUAAAUUCUGUGAACUGCUAUACUUUCCUUCAACUGUUGAGAUCUGUUAACUCUAUUGAUUGAGUUUGUAGUUAA